AUGCAACAAGACUUGGACCUAACUAACCUGCUCAAACAAGCCCGCCUCCUAGAAGAUGUAGACAAGUCUGCUACCAUUAUGGAGCAACAGAAAGAAACCGUCCAAGCAAAUUUUCGCCGGCAGAAGGGCCGCAAACAACGACAACAACAGCCUCAAGCGCUUUUCAAGAGCCCACCACAACAUUCACCACCAACUCAACAAACGGAGGGUGCGAACACGCGAGACCCAAACAGUCGUUGCCGACACUGCGGAGGAAAAUGGCCACAUCAAGGGGUCAAGGACUCUGACAGUGACGAAAAUGUGUUUGCUGUGGCAACAGUAUCGAGUACUUCUAAGCAGAACACACCUCAGGUCGCCUUAACAGUAAACGGCACCACCCUAAUGUUCACAAUUGACACAGGAGCCUCGGUGUCCGUAAUCAGCAGAGACACAUUUUGUCAGCUACGAGGAAAGCCGGAGAUAAAAAAGUCAAAUACCCGUGUCUACGCUUUUGGCUCCCAGCAACCGUUGCCAAUAAUUGGCAAGAUCUGUGCCGCGCUUUCCUACAAGGACAAGACAAGCACAGAGGACAUCUUCAUCAUUGAGAAAAGUGUGAGCUCGAUACUGAGUUUCACUGCAGCCACAAAUCUCGACCUCAUCAAAGUUGCAUACACAGUCGACAAAUCACAGUCGCCACUAGUCCAGUUUCCGAGCAUAUGCUCAGUGGUCGGAAAACUAAAAAACUUUCAGGUGCACUUACAGAUAGACAAGGAGGUAGCUCCAGUUGCACAGCCUUACCGCAGAGUACCAUUCGCACUAAGAAAGAAAGUGGAGGCAGAACUAGACCGGCUGCUUGCUUUAGACAUUAUAGAAGUGGCAGAAGGUGCAACACCUUGGGUGUCUCCGAUCGUGAUAGUACCAAAACCAAGAAACCCUGAGGAGAUCAGACUCUGUCUUGAUAUGCGUUGCGCAAACAAAGCCAUUGUGAGAGAGAGACAUGUCUGCCCGACAGUGGACGACAUCAUCACUACACUGAAUGGAGCAACAACAUUCACAAAAUUAGACUUGCGAAACGGCUACCACCAACUAGAGCUUGACCCUGAAUCCAGAGUGAUCACGACCUUCGCAACCCACGUUGGAUUGUUCCGAUACAAAAGACUGAUGUUUGGCAUUAACACAGCUGCUGAGAUUUUUCAGGACGCCAUUAGACAAACACUGAGUGGCAUCCCCAGUGCCAUCAACCUCAGUGAUGACAUUCUAGUUUUCGGAAAAACUCAAGCCGAGCAUGACAUUGCUCUCCACAACACCCUAGGAAGACUUCAUGUCACUGGGGUGACCAUAAAUGUAAGCAAAUGUUCCUUCAGCCAGCCCGAACUGCGCUUCUUCGGAUACCCCUUCUCAGCAGCAGGCAUAUCCCCCGACCCCUCAAAAGUGGAAGCAUUUUGCCAGCUACAGCCACCUACGGACGUUCACGAACUCAGGAGCCUCCUUGGAACUAUAAACUUCUGUGGCAGAUUUAUUCCCAACCUGACUGAUCUAACUCACCCUUUGAGGAGCUCCCUGGACAUCAUAGAUGCAUCACCCAGAGGCCUCGGCGCCAUACUUUCACAAGACAAAAAUGGAAAACGUGAAAUAGUGGCUUAUGCAAGCAAAACACUCACGCCAGUUGAAACACGGUACACGCAGAUUGAGAGGGAACUCCUAGCAGCCGUGUGGGAUCACAAACCGUUAGUGUUCAUUCUCAAAAACCGUCGAGCAUCCCCAUCUGCCAGACUUGAAAGGCUUGCCCUGAAGCUAACACAGUACUCCUUCACCGUAGAACACACACGUGGGAUCAGCAUCCCAUCUGAUUAUUUGUCACGACACACGUUACAAGUAGUUACCCCAGCCACACCAAAACAUCAUCCAUUCAACGAAUAUGUCAACUUCCUGACACAACUUUGCGUCCCUCGCAAUAUGACCCUAGAGGAGAUUGUUCAGGAAACUUCACAGGAUGUGCCUCUUCAACAAGUAAUCAAGGCCUUAGACAACCCGUCCACGUGGUCCGAGAAGGCAGUGCAAGACUUCACCUCAGUCCGACAUCAACUGUCAGUGAGUGACCUAGGCCUCAUACUAAAGGAACACCAGCUCGUGCUACCCACUUCACUCCAACAACGAGUCAUCACACUAGCACAUCAGGGGCACGAGGGCAUCACGAAAACGUUAAAAUUACUUCGGAGCAAAGUGUGGUUUCCCCGGAUGGAAGAUCAAGUAAAAAGGAAAUUGAAAAACUGCCUACCCUGCCAAGCCACUGUUGUAAGACAUCAAAAAGACCCCAUAGAGGUCCCAUCAAAACCUGUGGUACCUUGUCUGUUCGGACUUCCCAAAAAAAUACACACCGAUAACGGACCCCCCUUCCAGUCUUACGAGUUCAGAACCUUCCUGCAAGACCACGGUAUAAAGCACCACAGAGUAACGCCCUAUUGGCCACAGGCCAAUGGCGAGGUGGAACGUUUCAUGCGUACUCUCAAACGAUUCGUGCAAGCAACAGUCAUCGAGGGAAAGGAGUGGACAAAGCAGCUUGGAAUUUUCCUUUCGGCUUACAGAGCCACACCUCAUGAGACCACGGGAAGAUCUCCUUAUGCCCUACUUUUCGGCAGAGAAAUGAACUUCGCACUACUUAGCUAUCUCGCCACAGAACCAGCACACGAAGAACACCACUUCAUAGACUUGCAACGCCGUAUCAUACGCAAGAAAUAUGCCGACAACAAGAGAAACACUUCUCCACACACGCUCAGUGUUGGGGACACGGUUCUCUGCAAGCGGGAACAGACAAACAAGACAUCGAGCGCAUAUGACCCUCUACCCUACCAGGUAACAUCUGUACAGGGCACUCAAGUCACAGCCAAGAGGCAAGGAAGCACCAUUAAAAGAAAUGCAAGCUUCUUCAAGCUAGUACCGAACCAUAUCAUCAGGACUCAACAACCCGAAGCUCACGAUGAUUUCCUCACUUGGAUGGCAAAUGCACCCGGGACAGACUUCUCUUUACCUAGUCACACGUGA